AUGAGGCAGGGUUGGCGUGAAGGGGGACAAAAGCUAUUGAGAGUUAUUUUGAAAGAAAAAAAUUACAAAACAAAACUACUAUUUAGUGUUAAUAUUUCUAUAUUCAAGUCUUUAUCUAUAUGCAAGAGCUCUGAAAAUUCCAAGAAUUUUCACAAAAGAUUGAAAGAUUUCACACUACUAGUAGCUAAAACUAAUCUUGUCUAA